AUGGAGGUGUAUGCUUCAAAUGGAGGUCGAGAAGAGAGGUUGUGGACUGGCUCACUUCAAUGGUGUCUAAACAAAGUACACAAGGAAACAGAGUCACCAAAAUGUGAAUUGGGGGAAUCUAAUGGAUCUCCUGAAUUUCCAAACAAUGGAUUUGCUGUUCAGCGAGCACAAGCAAUUGAAGAGAUCCGGCUUCCCAUGAACUUGAGGGUUUACGGUUGGGAGAUUAUGUGGUCAGGAACUACCUGGAUGUGUGAUUGCCCACAUAAGCCAAGGAGCCAUUGGUCCUUCUCCGACUCCUGUUGGGGAUUUGCGCAGGAUAAGGCUCUCCAUACUUGUGCUGCAAACGGGCAUUGGAAAAGCAGGUGGAGUGUUGUCUCGGGGCUUCCACAAUGCGGGCAGACUAUUGAGGGGAGGUAUGUACUUUUCAGAUCUCCAGAUUCCAAUUGA